AUGACGAUAAGCUCGUCGCGCUGCCCUGCUGCAGCUCGUCGCCCCACGCUACCCGCUGCUACAGCCCAUCGCCCGUCCCGUCGCGCUGCCACCCGUCACCCGCCUCGUCGACCGUCGCUCGUCCCGUUGCGCUGCCGCUCAUUACGUCACAUCCCGUCACCUGCCUCGUCGAUUGACACCCGCCCCUGUCUCACUGCAGCACGUCGCCCGUCUCGUCGCACUGCCGCCCGUCGCCAGAUCCCCGCCACCCCUACGCACUCCGCUGCCCGUCGUCAGGUCCCUGCCCGCCCUCCCGUUGACUUCGCAACUGCUGUGAAGGGAGUGGCGGGAGUGGCGAGAGUGGUGGGAGUGGCGGGAGAAGCUGCUGCUACGCCAUUGCACGCGCCAGAUCGUCCGCGACCUGCACCUCGCACCCUGCCUGUCGCCCGUACGCCACCCGCACCCCGCCCACCGCCCGUGCGCCACCCGCAUCCCGCACCCCGCCCGUCGCCCCCCCAUUGUCCCCGUGUUGCCCCAUUCUGCCCGUGUUGCCCCGUUCAGCUCGUGUCCUGCCCCGUUCAGCCCGUGUUCUGCCCUGUUCUGCCCGUGUUGCCUCGUUCAGCCCGUGUCCUGCCCCGUUCAGCCCGUGUUCUGCCUUGUUAUGCCUGUGUUGCCCCGUUCAGCCCGUGUCCUGCCCCGUUCUGCCCGUGUUGCCCCGUUCAGCCCGUGUCCUGCCCCGUUCUGCCCGUGUUGCCAUGUUCUGCCCAUGCUGCCCCGUUCUGCCCGUUUGUGCCCUACCCGUGCUGUCCGUACCCGUUGGUGCCCCACCCGUGCUGUCAGUUCUCGCUCGUGCCCCACCCGGUCUGUGCUGCCCGGUCUCGUGCUGCUCCUCACCUCCGUGCCGCCCAUCCCGUACAACACCUAGUUGCUAUCCGAACCCGCUACCCGUACCCGUGCUCCUCGCACACUGUGCACCAGCUGCGGGGCGUUCAACCGCAGCCGGGCACCUGUUCCACCGCGGUGGUUCAGAUGCUGCUUGGUGGUUGCUGCUUGUCAGCCUCAGAGGGGGCCCCUUGCUGGUGCGCCCACGCCCUGUAA